GCAGCCCUUUGAUACCCGCCUGUAAAAGCCCCCACUUCCAGGCAUUUCCAAUACAUACAUCACCUCGGAGACCUCCAGUCAUACCCUCUUCCCUUCUUCUCUCCAUCCAAAACAUCAACCACAACAACGAUCAUGGCCGAGAGUCAGACUCCUACCUUCAAGCUCGUCCUUGUUGGCGAUGGUGGUACCGGCAAGACCACCUUCGUGAAGCGCCAUUUGACUGGCGAGUUCGAGAAGAAGUACAUGGCCACCCUCGGUGUCGAGGUCCACCCUCUCGGCUUCACCACCAACUAUGGCCAGAUCCAGUUCGACGUCUGGGAUACCGCCGGUCAGGAGAAGUUCGGUGGCCUGCGUGAUGGGUACUACAUCAACGGGCAGUGUGGUAUCAUCAUGUUCGAUGUUACCUCCCGUAUUACCUACAAGAACGUCCCCAACUGGCACCGUGAUCUCGUUCGUGUCUGCGAGAACAUCCCUAUCGUCCUGUGCGGUAACAAGGUCGACGUCAAGGAGCGCAAGGUCAAGGCCAAGACUAUCACGUUUCACCGCAAGAAGAACUUGCAGUACUACGAUAUUUCUGCGAAGUCCAAUUACAACUUCGAGAAGCCCUUUCUCUGGCUCGCCCGCAAGCUCGUCGGCAACCCCAGCCUGGAAUUUGUCGCUGCCCCCGCUCUUGCUCCUCCUACCGCUCAGGUCGAUGAGGCCCUUCUGCGCCAGUACGAGAACGAGAUGACUGAGGCUGCCAACAUGCCUCUGCCUGACGAGGAUGACGACAACGACCUGUAGAGGGCGAAAUGCGAUGCUCGGGAUCGAUGGCCUACAGGAGGCAUUACGUGGUGGAUGGAUGGAUAGAUUUUCAUUUUUCUCUCCUUCGACGUCUACGGCAUCUUGCUUAGGACUAGCGACACAUAAAGGCUGGCGAGACAGGAAUAGUUCACGUUGAUGAAACUCACGAUGGAUUACUGGAAGAGCUAGGACGCAGACUGGUGACGCAUUAAUGGCCGGGCAGGAGAGCCCUUCCUCCAAAGCCUCGGUUCCGUUUAGUUUCACCACCCGCGCCAGAAAGGAACUCUGCGCCGAAUUUUCCUUGCACUCAGGCGCAACUUAGGUAGACUCACUGCCCAACAAAAGGG